AUGGCAACUGAGCGUGAUUCCAAUAUACUCCUCGUGUCCGAGUAUGCCGAAGAAAUCUAUCAACACCUCAUGAAAAUGGAGAUCCAUACUAUGCCCACACACAUCAACUACAUGGAUACCAUUCAACCGAGUCUUGAGUGGCACAUGAGAACAAAGCUUUUAUGCUGGAUUGUGCAGGUUCAUAACAGGUUUCGACUGAUGCCCGAGACUCUGUUUCUUACAGUUAAUAUUAUUGAUAGGUUUCUUUCACUUAAACAGGUUUUACUAGAAAAACUUCAAUUGGUAGGUGUGACGGCUUUACUGAUUGCAUCCAAGUAUGAAGACCGCAUGGCACCAGCUAUCGGAGAUUUAGUGUAUAUGGUGGACAACGCGUAUCUACCUGAAGAGAUUCUUCAAGCAGAAAGGUAUAUACUUGGAAUGCUUCAGUAUGAGUUGGGGUAUCCCGGACCAUAUGGAUUUAUGAGGCGAGUAUCUGCAGCAGAUGGAUUUAAUUCAAGAGUGAGAGGGAUUGCCAAGUAUUUUUUGGAAGUUGCAAUACUGGAUCAGAGACUACUGAAACACAAGUCUUCGAUUCUAGCUGCAAGUGCAAUGCUGUUGGCACGCAAAGUAGCACAUGAUGCACCAUGGACAAGCGAGCAUGUGAGAACAUCAGGCUAUACAGAGAAAGAACUGCUUGAAUGUGUGUAUACGAUUCUUGAGGAUGUUCGGAUAGUUGGACGUAUAGCAUUCAAGAGGGAAUCGGGCGAGAGUGGAAUAGAUGAGAGCGAGACUGAUGUGCUGGUGGUGUACGACAAGUACGCGACGGAGCGAUAUGGGUCAGUAUCGCAACACAUUACCAAGUUUCUACACACUAUGGGAUUAAACUGA